AUGGCGCUGAGUGACCUCCUUUACCCAGAUAACCCCAAGAGAAGGCAAGAAUUGAUCCAUCUGCACCAGGAAUUGCUUGACUGCAUGUCCACAAAUUUCUGUGCAACAAAUGAGCUGGCUAGAGUGCUGAAUGAACACCUGGGCUGUACCAUUACCCACAUUCAGAUGAGAGAGAACAGCACUGUCAAGGAAAACUGUGACAUUAUCAUUCAAGCAAUGAGUGAGAUUCAACGUCAGGUACAGAAGAUUGAUAGUGUCAUGAAGGAAAAGCUAGAGCCUGUGUUGUACCAGAAACUGUAUGACAUCAAAGAGCCCGAGCUGGAGAAAAUUGCAAUAGCCCAUAAAGUUUUUUCCAUUAUUCUUGGAGAAGCAACUUCAACAGCUGGGAUGGUAGCUAUCAAACUUCUUGGCUCCAGUCUUAUAACUCUCACUGUGAGCAAGCUCGUCAGUCUCCUUGUGCAGAUUGGGGCAUCUGUUCUUGGGGGAAUCAGCAUCACCAUUCUUGGGCUUGGCAUUGAAAUGAUCCUCCAUGCAAUCCUGGGAGCUGUGGAGAGGAAUCAGCUUCUGACAGCUGUGAGAAGCUAUGAGAAGCACCUGGCUGAGUUUAAAGCAGCCUCAGAAAAGUACCAGCGUGUCAUACGUGAAGUGACUUCUUUGGUGAGACAGCAGGUUCAGUGAACUGAAGUUCACUGAGUUCUCUCUCCUGCUGUCACAGCGACUGCAGCAGCUAUGCCUGCAGAAACCUUUUUCAUUCAUUAUGGUAAAUAAACUACCAAUGGCUUUUUUUUCUUAUUAGUGGCAGCAGAGAAAGAGAUGUGACAGAUCAGGGAAUUUGCACUGAAAUUUAUUAAUAGGAAACUGGCUUAUAGGUUCUUCUUGGAGGCAACGCUUCAAAUACUUCAUAAAAUUCAUUCAGCUCUCUUCUGGAAUGCGUUGUAGAUAACCUUGAACUGCAAUUCAUAAUAAUGUCAAUAAUAUUCACUGCUGGAGCAGUAGUGGUGAGAAGGUGUGAUUUUUCUCUUACUGUGUUUCUAUACCAAAGAGGACAACAUGAUGGAGAACACAAUUUAAACAAGUCAGUUCAUGUCGUCAUCUGGAAGGCUCAUCAGGACAGCUGUGGUUGCUAAACUCUUAGUGUGGAUUAGUGCUAAAUCUGAUAGGCUGAAUUCUCUGUUCACUGAACUGUCUACAAGGACUAUCUGAAGCAUAUUUAACUGCUUUUCCUGUCCCAUCCCUGCAGAAGGAGCCAGUCAGAGAUCUUCUUUAACUAAACUCUAAUCUCAGGUGAUUAGCAGGUAAGAGAAGCAUGGGCCUACAGGCAAAAACAACCAACCUUGCCCCACAACAGAGAGAAACCAGCUGAGGUGUUCCAGGAUUGCCUGUCUGUGAAUAACCUCUUAUGCUCAGUAAUGCCCCACUCCUGUCAACCUACAGGUAAAUAAUUUUGUGCACAGCUGAUGCUCUGUUGAAUGAAAUGGGAUUAUACACAUGUAUAAGUGUCUGUAGGAUUACAGCCCUUUAAUGCACUAAAUUUCAUGUGCUUUACCCAAAUCCACCAGUGUGGGACUGCCAAAAGCAGGCUCAGAUUCUGCAUUUCACAAUAUGCUACCAAAUACCCUUAUUUUUCAGAUUUUAAAAACAAAGCUGGAGGCAAAACCAUGAUUUGCAGUCUCUUUCUCUGAUUUCCUGUGGUUUGCUUUAUUUGCU